AUGGAGUAGGUAUCAGGGAGCUGGCCAACCUGGUCACUCUCCCCAGUGGGCAGAGGGUUCACUAGGGCCCACUUGGUGGGUAAUUCCUGCUACCAAUUGGAGCAUCUCCGCUGAGCCCAGGGCAAAGAGGUAUAGGGAGAUAACGUUCUCCCCAAGUGUUCCAAGGAAUUCCCAGGAGUAAACUCAGGGCCUAGAAUUCACUAAGGCUUGUGACUGUCCAACAGUCACCAUGGAUCACCGAGGCCGACCACGGAGCAUAGGCCUGAACCGAAUUGCUGGGACCCAGGUCCGAGCCCCCCGGGCAUCACUUCCCUUGUAUGUGGAACAGGAGGCCAGGGAAGGAGAAGAAUGGGAGCGUGAGCUACCUCGUCAGAGGGCUCCUAUCUGUGCACCCCCAGAAAGCGAAGAACUGCCAGAAAAUGUUAUGAUUUCCAAGCCAGCACCUUAUUGGGAAGGAACAGCAGUGAUAAAUGGAGAAUUUAAGGAGCUCAAAUUAACAGAUUUUCGUGGAAAAUACUUGGUCUUUUUCUUCUACCCACUUGAUUUCACAUUUGUGUGUCCAACUGAAAUCAUCGCCUUUGGUGAUAGAAUUGAUGAAUUUAGAGCUAUAAAUACUGAAGUGGUGGCAUGUUCUGUUGAUUCACAGUUUACCCAUUUGGCCUGGAUUAAUACCCCUCGAAAGCAAGGAGGACUUGGAUCAAUAAGAUUUCCACUUCUUUCAGACUUGAACCAUCAGAUCGCAAAGGACUAUGGUGUAUAUCUGGAGGACUCUGGCCACACUCUUAGAGGCCUCUUUAUUAUUGAUGACAAAGGAAUCCUGAGACAGAUUACUCUGAAUGACCUUCCUGUGGGUAGAUCAGUGGAUGAGACCCUACGUUUGGUUCAAGCAUUCCAGUAUACUGACAAACAUGGAGAAGUCUGCCCCGCUGGCUGGAAACCUGGUAGUGAAACAAUAAUCCCAGAUCCAGCUGGAAAACUGAAGUAUUUUGAUAAACUAAAUUGAAAAAUACUUCAUCAAGUUUUAAUGCUUGAAAGUUCUCAAUAAAGGUCACUGUUUUAUUAUCA